AUGAAGAAAACAACGAAAGCUUUUCCUCUUCUUCUUCUAAGUUUGCUUCAUAUACUUCUAUGUGUAUCCUCUCAGGCUCGUGUCACAGAGGCUAGAAGACUCCAUAACACAGGUGUUCAGAUAAUCGCAAGACCUUCCCCACCUUGUGGAGGUGAAUCAAUGGGAGAUGAUCAAGUUUCAGGACACAAAGAUAAGCCUUGUAAAACAAUUCCACGACCUCCUACUCCUCCUAGGUGCUCUUAG